UAAACGGAGUCUUAACAGCGAUAGCCUCAUGGAGCUGACAGAGCUGGUUCACAAGGGAGAGAGGAAAGGUAUCUUCAUGGACCGCAUGCCUUCGGGGAUACAGCAGGUCAUCCAUGCAGAGAACAUUACUUUUGUUAAAAACAGAGACAUUUAUAGUCCUGAAUAUUUCACAUUCAUUCGACAUCUGGCUGCAAAGAACAAG